UAAAGUUGCUCGAAGUGGUACUGAUGUCGAACCUGACAGCGGCGAGCAAGCGCACACAACUACUCAAGCGCCACUACACCGACGCUUGAGCUGCCAGGAGAGGCAGGCCGGCAGGCAACAUGGCGGCGGCAGCGGCGGCGGAUGAUGCGAGGAGGAAGACGGCGUGCGUCACCGGCGGGAACGGGUACAUCGCCUCGGCGCUCGUCAAGAUGCUGCUGGAGAAUGGGUACGCCGUGAAGACGACGGUCAGGAACCCCGAUGACAUGGAGAAGAACUCGCAUCUCAAGGACUUGCAGGCGCUCGGCCCCUUGGAGGUCCUCCGGGCCGACCUGGACGAGGAAGGCAGCUUCGACGAGGCGGUCGCCGGCUGUGACUACGCCUUCCUCGUCGCCGCUCCGGUGAACCUCAAUGCAGAGAACCCCGAGAAAGAAUUGAUCGAGCCGGCUGUCCGAGGAACCCUGAACGUGAUGAGGUCGUGCGUGAGAGCAGGGACGGUGAAGCGCGUGGUCCUGACAUCGUCGGCGGCGGCCGUCUCCAGCCGGCCGCUGCCAGGCCACGGCCAUGUCCUGGACGAGGAGUCCUGGUCCGACGUCGAGUUCCUCAGGGCCAGCAAGUCCGGUGCCUGGGCGUACCCCGUUUCGAAGGUGCUCCUGGAGAAGGCGGCGUGCGAGUUCGCGAAGGAGAACGGCGUCAGCCUGGUCACUAUAUGCCCCGUCGUCACGGUGGGCGCGGCGCCGGCGAUCAAGGCCACCACCAGCGUCCCCGCCGUCCUCUCCCUGCUCUCCGGCGACAAGGCCAUGGCCGGCAUCCUGGAGGUGACCGAGAGGGCGUCAGGCUCGAUCCCGAUGGUCCACGUCGCCGACCUCUGCCGCGCCGAGAUCUUCCUCGCCGAGAAGGAAUCCUCCGCGUCAGGGCGGUACAUCUGCGGCAGCCUCAACACCAACGCCGCCGAGCUCUGCCGCUUCCUGGCGGCCAAGUACCCGCAGUACAACGUCAAGGCCGACUGGGCCAGUGGUCUGCCGGAGAAGCCGAGGGCCUGCAUCUCGUCGGCGAAGCUCGUCGGGGAAGGGUUCCAGUUCGGGUACAAGACCUUGGACGAGAUCUACGACGACGUCGUCGACUACGGGAGGGCCCUGGGAAUCCUGCCGUAUUAGUAGUACGCUGGGCGGCCUAAUUUGGGUAUCAGGACGAAAUUGUUGACGCGGUUGUAAAAUAAGCCAACGUACCUAAAUAUGCUGAAAUGUGAGCGUUCAGCUAAGGUCUUUGCGACAGCUAAGCACUUUUGCUGUAAAAAAUAGUCUAAAAAUACUUGGGAGUGGUAAAGCUUAUUGUUGAAUUCUCUGUUUAUGAUUAUGAACCUGCAAAAAGAAAAGUAAAACUCUGUUAUGCUUGUUGAGAUAAA